CUCCUCAUCAGUCUCUCCUGCCUUUUCUCUCCACACCUGACCAGCAGGCCAUCACUCCUCCUCAGAAUGUCUAUGCCCAACUCAGAGAACGCCUCCACCCUGGAGAACGCCAUGCAGCUCUUGAUCCAGACGUUUCACAAGUACUCUGGCAACGAGGGGGACAAAUACACGCUGAGCAGGGCCGAGCUCAAAGAGAUGCUUACCGCUGAGCUCGGCAACUACCUGGGGAACGCCCAGGAUAAGGAGGCAGUGGAUAAGGUGAUGGGGGACCUGGAUUCGAACAACGACGGCGAGGUGGAUUUCACAGAGUUCAUCAUACUGGUCGGAGCUCUCACCGUGGCGUGCAACGACUUCUUCCUGGAGUACAACGACAAGCCGGCGAAGAAGUAGCUUCCGUAGGAAGACGUCCACUCUGCAAAGCCACACGCUCAAGAGGGGAAACAGUUCAGAACAGGAGAGAAGGGCAUCAUCCCGUGGACUUUACUUUCACACACACACACACACACGUCUAAUAGCAGUAAAUGUCCAAUCGUUACGUUACUCCAGCUGUAUGUUUUGCAAUGUGAACAUCUGAAGAGAUUAAGUCCGUUUCAACACCUCUCGUCGUUGAAUAUAUGAAUACUCCUCUGUUUCUUUUUGUCUUUUUGUGUAUUUUAUAACACAUUCAAGCAAAGGAAUUAAUAAA